AUGGGACAUAACAUACUGUUUGUGACAUUCGAUGAUUUGGUGUACGCUUUGGGAACCAAUAGUGAGGGUCAGCUCGGUUUUGGUCGCAAUAUAUGGGGACAAUUGGGACGGGAUGUGAAUGCACAGGGAUAUCAUAAACCAAAUUAUAAGCAAAAUUUGGAUUUUCUAAAAACAUUUAAGAAUAUAUGUAUAAUUGGUGAAGGUGCUUUUGGGAAAGUAUAUAAAGUUGAAAAUAAAUAUGAUAAUGAUGUAUAUGCUAUAAAGGAAUGCAAUUUACAAGAAAGAGAGAAACUAAAUGUUUUGAAUGAAACACAGAGUCUGAUAAAACUUCGGUCAAAGUUUGUGAUUCAAUACUACUAUUCAUGGAUUGAAAGCAAUUGUCUUUAUUUUCAAAUGGAGUUGUGUUUAGAUAAUCUCAAAAAUGUUUUGAAAAUUAUGAAAUCAUUGUUUAAUGAAUUGACAGUUAAUUUUGAUUAUUAUAUAUCUUAUGAAAUAUUCCACGAACUCACAAAAUGUGUGCAGUAUUUGCAUGAAUCGGAUCCACAGAUCAUUCACAGAGACCUCAAACCUGAUAAUGUGUUGAUUUCAAUGGACGGACACAUAAAGUUGGGUGACUUUGGUUUGGCUAAAGAGAUGUUUAGUGGUUAUGAAAAUUCUAUGGAAGCAGAUGUGGGAACAGUUGAAUAUAUGGCACCAGAAGCCGAGACUAGUAAUUACAAUCAUUUAAUAGAUAUUUAUAGUCUGUCCCUAAUUGGGGCUCAAAUAUUUGGUUUCGAUACAUACGAUAUAAUCGAAGGAAAGUAUGUUUAUAGAGAACUAUAG